UCCAAAAAAUGAAGCUGGCGACAGGACUGUGGGUCUGGCUGAGCCUUCUCGUGGCGGCGGGGACCGUCCAGCCCAGCGCUUCUCAGUCAGUGUGCGCAGGAACAGAGAAUAAGCUGAGCUCUCUCUCUGACCUGGAACAGCAGUACCGAGCCUUACGCAAAUACUAUGAGAACUGUGAGGUAGUCAUGGGCAACCUGGAGAUAACCAGCAUCGAGCACAACCGGGACCUCUCCUUUCUGCGGUCUAUACGAGAAGUCACAGGCUACGUGUUGGUGGCUCUUAAUCAGUUUCGCUAUCUGCCUCUGGAGAAUUUACGCAUUAUUCGUGGGACAAAACUUUAUGAGGAUCGAUAUGCCUUGGCAAUAUUUUUAAACUACAGAAAAGAUGGAAACUUUGGACUUCAAGAACUUGGAUUGAAGAAUUUGACUGAAAUCCUGAAUGGUGGCGUCUAUGUAGACCAGAACAAAUUUCUUUGUUAUACAGACACAAUUCAUUGGCAAGAUAUUGUUCGAAAUCCAUGGCCUUCCAACCUGACUCUGGUGUCAACAAAUGGUAGCUCAGGAUGUGGACGUUGCCAUAAGUCCUGUACUGGCCGAUGCUGGGGACCCACAGAAAAUCACUGCCAGACUUUGACCAGGACUGUAUGUGCAGAACAGUGUGAUGGCAGAUGCUACGGACCCUACGUUAGUGACUGCUGUCACCGAGAAUGUGCUGGAGGCUGCUCAGGACCUAAGGACACUGACUGCUUUGCAUGCAUGAACUUCAAUGACAGUGGAGCAUGUGUUACUCAGUGUCCACAAACUUUCGUCUACAAUCCAACAACCUUUCAACUGGAGCAUAACUUCAACGCUAAAUACACCUAUGGAGCAUUUUGUGUCAAGAAGUGCCCACAUAACUUCGUGGUCGAUUCCAGUUCCUGUGUGCGUGCCUGCCCUAGUUCCAAGAUGGAAGUAGAAGAAAAUGGGAUUAAAAUGUGUAAACCUUGCACUGACAUUUGCCCAAAAGCUUGUGAUGGCAUUGGCACAGGAUCACUGAUGUCAGCUCAGACCGUGGAUUCUAGUAACAUUGACAAGUUCAUAAACUGCACCAAAAUCAAUGGGAAUUUGAUCUUCCUUGUCACUGGUAUUCAUGGGGACCCUUACAAUGCAAUUGAAGCCAUAGACCCAGAGAAAUUGAAUGUCUUUCGGACAGUCCGAGAGAUAACAGGUUUCCUGAACAUACAAUCAUGGCCCCCAAACAUGACCGAUUUCAGUGUUUUUUCUAACCUGGUGACCAUCGGUGGAAGAGUACUCUAUAGGCGUGGCCUUUCCUUGCUUAUCCUCAAGCAGCAGGGCAUCACUUCUCUACAGUUCCAAUCCCUGAAAGAAAUCAGUGCAGGAAACAUCUAUAUCACUGACAACAGCAACCUGUGUUAUUAUCAUACCAUUAACUGGACAACACUCUUCAGCACAAUCAACCAAAGAAUAGUGAUCCGGGACAACAGGAAAGCUGAAAACUGUACUGCUGAAGGAAUGGUGUGCAACCACCUCUGUUCAAACGAUGGGUGUUGGGGACCUGGGCCGGACCAGUGCCUGUCGUGCCGUCGCUUCAGCAGGGGAAGGACCUGCAUAGAGUCUUGUAACCUCUAUGAUGGUGAAUUUCGGGAGUUUGAGAAUGGCUCCAUCUGUGUGGAGUGUGACCCCCAGUGUGAGAAGAUGGAAGAUGGCAUCCUCACAUGCCAUGGACCGGGACCUGACAACUGUACAAAGUGCUCACAUUUUAAGGAUGGCCCGAACUGUGUGGAAAAGUGUCCAGAUGGCUUACAGGGGGCAAACAGUUUCAUUUUCAAGUAUGCUGAUCAGGAUCGGGAAUGCCACCCAUGCCAUCCAAACUGCACCCAAGGGUGCAUAGGCUCAAGUAUUGAAGACUGCAUCGGCCUGAUGGAUAGGACUCCUCUAAUUGCAGCCGGAGUCAUUGGUGGGCUUUUCAUCCUGGUCAUUGUGGGUCUCACAUUUGCAGUUUAUGUUAGAAGAAAGAGCAUCAAGAAGAAAAGAGCCUUAAGAAGAUUCCUGGAAACAGAGUUGGUAGAGCCCUUAACGCCCAGUGGCACAGCGCCCAAUCAAGCUCAGCUUCGUAUUUUGAAAGAAACUGAGCUCAAAAGAGUAAAAGUACUUGGCUCAGGUGCUUUUGGAACUGUUUAUAAGGGUAUUUGGGUCCCUGAAGGAGAAACAGUGAAGAUUCCUGUGGCUAUUAAGAUUCUUAAUGAAACAACUGGUCCCAAAGCCAAUGUGGAGUUUAUGGAUGAAGCUCUGAUCAUGGCAAGUAUGGACCACCCACACUUGGUCCGGUUAUUGGGUGUGUGUUUGAGCCCAACCAUUCAGCUGGUUACACAGCUUAUGCCCCAUGGCUGCCUGUUGGAUUAUGUCCAUGAACACAAGGAUAACAUUGGAUCACAGCUGUUGCUUAAUUGGUGUGUCCAGAUAGCUAAGGGAAUGAUGUACCUGGAGGAAAGACGGCUUGUUCAUCGGGAUUUGGCAGCCCGUAAUGUCUUAGUGAAAUCUCCAAAUCAUGUGAAAAUCACAGAUUUUGGACUAGCCAGACUCUUGGAAGGAGAUGAAAAAGAGUACAAUGCUGAUGGGGGAAAGAUGCCAAUUAAAUGGAUGGCUCUGGAGUGUAUACACUAUAGGAAAUUCACCCAUCAGAGUGACGUUUGGAGUUAUGGAGUCACUAUAUGGGAAUUGAUGACCUUUGGAGGAAAACCCUACGAUGGAAUUCCAACCAGAGAAAUCCCCGAUUUGUUAGAGAAAGGAGAACGUCUGCCCCAGCCUCCCAUCUGCACCAUUGACGUUUACAUGGUCAUGGUCAAAUGUUGGAUGAUUGAUGCUGACAGUAGACCUAAAUUUAAGGAACUGGCUGCUGAAUUUUCGAGGAUGGCUCGAGACCCUCAAAGAUAUCUAGUUAUUCAGGGUGAUGAUCGUAUGAAGCUUCCCAGUCCAAACGACAGCAAGUUCUUUCAGAAUCUCUUGGAUGAAGAGGAUUUAGAAGAUAUGAUGGAUGCCGAGGAAUACCUGGUCCCUCAGGCUUUCAACAUCCCACCUCCCAUCUAUACUUCCAGAGCAAGAAUUGACUCAAAUAGGAGUGAAAUUGGACACAGCCCUCCUCCUGCCUACACCCCCAUGUCAGGAAACCAGUUUGUAUACCGAGAUGGGGGGUUUGCUGCAGAACAAGGAGUGCCCAUGCCCUAUAGGGCCACCACCAGCACGAUUCCAGAAGCCCCAGUUGCUCAGGGGGCUACUGCCGAGAUUUUUGAUGACUCCUGCUGUAACGGCACCUUACGCAAGUCCGUGGCACCCCGUGUCCAAGAGGACAGCAGCACACAGAGGUACAGCGCCGACCCCACAGUGUUCGCCCCAGAACGGAGCCCACGAGGAGAGCUGGAUGAAGAAGGGUACAUGACCCCUAUGCGAGACAAACCCAAACAAGAAUACCUGAACCCCGUGGAGGAGAACCCUUUUGUCUCUCGGAGGAAAAAUGGAGAUAAGCUUCAAGCUUUGGAUAAUCCUGAAUAUCACAGUGCUUCCAAUGGUCCACCCAAGGCAGAAGAUGAGUAUGUGAAUGAGCCACUGUACCUCAACACCUUCGCCAAUGCCUUGGGGAAUGCCGAAUACCUGAAGAACAACAUACUGUCUGUGCCAGAGAAGGCCAAGAAAGCAUUCGACAACCCUGACUACUGGAACCACAGCCUGCCACCUCGGAGCACCCUUCAGCACCCAGACUACCUGCAGGAGUACAGCACAAAAUAUUUUUAUAAACAAAAUGGACGGAUCCGGCCUAUUGUGGCAGAGAAUCCCGAAUACCUCUCUGAGUUCUCGCUGAAGCCAGGCACUGUGCUGCCUCCUCCGCCCUACAGACACCGGAAUACUGUGGUGUAAGCUCAGCAGUGGUUUUCAGGUGGAGAGACAUGCCCACUCCAAUUUCCCCACAGCCUCUCUUUCUCUUGUGGUCUUCCUUCUACUUCCAAGGCCAGUAGUUUUGACACUUCCCAGUGGAAGACAUAGAGACGCAGCGAUAGUUAUGUGCUUAUCUAACUUGAACAUUAGAAGGAAGGGCUGAAAGAGAAAGACGGGAGGAACCACACUGUCCCUUCAUUUCUCUGCAUGAGUUGGUCAAGAGACUGGAACAGCUAGAGAAGGACCAGCAAAUACAAGGCAAUACUGCCUGCUGUCAAACUAGUUCUCAACUUUUUUUUCCCGUUUUUUUCUUUUUUUCUUUCUUUCUCCCUUCCUUCCUUCCUUCUUUCCUUCCUUCCUUCCUCCCUUCCUCUCUAUAUUUCAAUGCAAAUGCUUGAAAGACCCAAGCUAUCUGUUCCUAUAUGCAGGAACUGAUGUGUACAUUUUCAGCAUCCCUGGAAAUCCUAAUGAAGUUUCCAGUAGAGCAAAAUGAUAACCUUUUUUUAUAACGUAUGAUAGUAACUAAGAUUGAAAAUCCAAUCUCUUUCUCAGACAGUUUCGAUCUUGACAAGCAAGA